AUGACAUCAAUAACAACAUGCCCACCACCAAUCACGGAGCUCAGGCCACUGCACUGUCUCCAACAUGAAGCCUCCCGACAAGAAGCAUCAGCACUGGCGACAGAAUUGCCUCACUGGCAAAGUACCCUAUCACCCAAGCCUGACGAGGAGACGUGCAUCAAAGCUUUUGUAGAGCUUGUCUCCCAUGUCGUAGUGCUAGAGCACGGAGAGGCCUAUUGUAUCCAACAACACAACCGCCUUCAUGGGAGAGGCUUUAUCCUGGCUCAAGCAGGCCGGAGUGAUUUCAGCUUCAUCGAAUACCGUGAUGCUACGGGUGAGAUCCCGACCGACUUCUCCAUUGGAGACUCCAAUCACAUCGAUCUCCAAAAACUACAUUUGGAUGUACCUAACGAAUCUGAAGAUCAAAACGAGCCGGCUCUUCUCCACAGGAAUUUCGAAAAGCGCGUGGAUGAGCACCCCGAUAGAACGGCCUUAGAUUUCCUCGUGGACCUUGAGAGCGGCGAGAAGAGCCAACUGACCUACCAGCAGCUGGAAAAUGCUGCGAAUGCGCUGGCGAGAGAACUUGUACGUGUGCAAGAUGCAAAUGCUGCAAGCGAUGCGUCUGACAUCAAGACCAUUGCGGUGGUGAUGGGACCAUGUCCAGAGCUGUAUACGAGUUAUCUGGCAACUCUCAAAGCCGGCAUGGCCUUCUGCCCCAUCCCUGUGGACGCGCCGGAGGAGAGGUUGGAUGCACUGAUGGCAGACCUCAAGCCAACUGCUCUACUUAUAGGCGCAUCGUCACCUGCUUCAUUAGGGACUGUCACAGGCACAGCACCUGUGAUUAGAGUUAGCUCCUAUCUUUCCGCAUGCGACAAUAAAGUGGAAAGACUGGGAGAAAAGGGCCGGUCAUCCGUGACAGAAAAUGAUGUCGCCUACAUCCUGUACACAUCAGGAACCACCGGCUUGCCCAAAGGCGUAGCUGUUUCUCACAUUUCGGCAACCUGCACCGUCUCCGCCCUGAGCGCUCACUACGGCUUCGUUCCCACUGAGACCAAGCCACACACAACACGCAAACCCACCAGAUGGUUCCAAGGUGCCGCCCCAACCUUUGACAUCUCCCUCUUCGAGAUCUUCUGGACACUCAGCACUGGCUCGACUCUCUGCUGCGCUCCGAGGCACUUCACGUUGCAGGAUAUCAACAAGGUCGUCACGACGUUAGAGGCUGAUAUCACCAACAUCACGCCCAGCUUCGCCACGCUGCUGGAUCCGUCGUCCAUGCGCGCGCUGAUGCUCGGCGGAGAGACUCUCAAUGCGCGAGUGGUGCACGACUUUGCUCAGCACAAUCCUGCAUCACACGAUGACGUUGUAUCUGGCCCUAGUGGAAUAUACAACGGCUACGGGCCCACAGAGACAGCCAUCUACUGUAUCGCGCAGGCGCAUGUACCUGAGGGCCAACGAGGCUCCGUGCUCGGCUCGCCUCUUGAGACCUGUGGUGUGGUCAUCGUAGAUGAGACGUGCACUUCAACCCUCCAGCCCGUGCCCAUGGGCGCCACUGGAGAGCUUCUCAUCACCGGCCCGCAGGUGAGCAAGAUCGGCUACCUCAACAGGCCUGAUGAGACCUCGAAGGCCUUCAUCAACGACAAUGACGUAGACGGCUGGGGCAGGGCAUACAAGACCGGUGAUCGGGCUCGCAUAGUCUGGGACCAGUCGGGAAAGCCCGUCGUCGAGUUCCUGGGCAGAAUUUCUGAUGAUCAGGUCAAGCUCAGCGGUAGGCGUGUGGAGCUUGGCGAGAUCGAGAGCGUGCUGAUGUCGAAGGUCGAGGGCGUGCGGGAGACAAUCUCUUGUGUGUGGAAGCCUGAGAAUUCUCAGCCCGGCUCAGAGAGGGUUGUGAACCUCGUCAUUACCACGGCGGGAUCCGACUUCGAGGCGGAUAUCCUCGAGAGGUGCAAGGAGGCGGCACAGCGGCAUCUUCCGGAUUAUAUGAGGCCAUUCAAAAUCAUUCACGUUGAGUCCCUCCCGAGGACAGCGUCUGGAAAGGUCGAUCGCAAAGCAGCUUCGGCAUACGUGCGAGAAGUCUUGAAAGAUCAGCAGCCGAAGCUCUCGAGUCUCGAAUUGACAGAGGAGCUUGAACCUCUAGCGGGUGAAGACGCCGAGCUGGAAGACCAGUUGCUGUCCAUGUUGGCAGACAUCCUUGGCGGAAACAAGAUCUCAGCUGCUACGCGUCUCGCAGAUGCUGGUGUUGAUAGUCUACGCGCCAUGAGACUGUUGCGCGAGAUCAGGAGGCGGUGGCCCGAUCCUUCCAAGAGAAAUCUGCAACCAUCGCUGGCCCUCCUUCUGGACAGCCAAGCCACUGUCCGCUCCGUCUUCUUCCCUUCAUCAUCACCGCAGUCUUUGGAAGAGUCAAAUGAUACUAGAGAAAACCGAACACGCGCCCGGCUUGCCAAGUUUUCUUCUGAGCAUCUCUCCGAAGUACGCGAUAAGCUCGAUGUCACCAGUGAGGCUGACAUCGAGAUGAUCCUGCCAGCAACCACUCAACAGAGUCAGUUGGCUAUUAGUUUCGCCAUGGACAGGACCAGGUACAUAAGCCACUCGGUCAUUAGACUCAAGCCGGAGGUCGCGGCUGCGGCGCUCAAGAAAGCCGUCGAGGAGGUUGUAUUGGAACAGGCUAUCUAUCGAUCCGCCAUAUUGCCAUGUGACGAUGCCCUAUCACCAUUUGCUCAGGUUAUUCUGACGAAGGAGGCAUGGCGUAGACCAAAGAGCAACGAUGGCGAAACUCCACAGGUGGUGCACAGAAAAACAAGCGAGCCGCUCUCUGUUGACGAUGCCCAGGCGUGGGUCGCACUGGCAGAAGAAAACAUCAGCCUGGAGUCGCAAAGACUUUACCACAUUCAGGUGGUCGAGAAUGAGACUACUCCUGGCAGUGAUGGUCUCCUGGUCAUUAGCAUUGCCCAUUGCAUCUGUGAUGGUGCCUCGGUCGAAGUCCUCAUGUGUGACAUAGCCAGACGUUAUGCCGGCCUGGAAUCUCUCCAGAGGCAAAGCAUCUACGAAGCAGUUCUCGAGUGCUUCUCUAAUGUGGACCCGAACACAGACGGGUUGUGGCGAGAAUCACUCAAAGGCUGGGAACUUGAACCAUUCGGUACGCUGAGUGGCAAUAAUGUGCACAGCAAUAGGUCCUCCAAGUCUGCCUCAGACUGUGGAGUGGUUCAGUACAAGAGCGACCUUCCAUGGCAAGUGCUCGAGGACAAGAGCAGAGCCCUGGGUAGUGGCGCAUCUCCCCUGGCAAUCCUUCAGGCCUCAUGGUCACUACUCUUGCACUUGUUCUCCGAAGCGGACACAGGCGACGUCACCUUCGGCAGCGUCAUCUCGGGCCAUCUAUCCACCACCACACACGCGCCCACAUUCUCCGUCGUGCCUUGCCGCGUGGCCUUGCCUGAGACCCAAACUAUCAGCCAGCUGAUCGACGGCCUCACGAAGCACGGAAAGUUUGCUCUUGGUCACCGGCACCUAUCAUGGGGAGUAUUUGAGACGUUGCCGUACAAUACCGCCCUGGCUCUGCAGGCAUAUCCGGUGGAAGACGGUGGCCUCGAAGACGAUUUUCAAGCCCCUUGGACUGAAGUCCGUCACCCAGUCAUACGCUACGACUUCCCCAUCUUUGUGGAAGUCUUCCCAAAUGAUCCGUCAUCACCGAACCGAAGUAGCUUCACCAACAUGACCUUCAAGGUUACGUACCGCGAGGACGCGCUUUCGGAGCUCUCUGCUAGCUGUGUCGUGAAGCAACUGGCUGCUCUCACCGAAAUCAUUCUCUCUUCUUCCCCUGAUGAUGCAAUCUCUGGACUACCUGCACGUCUUCCCAAAAGCCUACUAUCUGCUGAAGGAACAGUGCCUCAAGCAAAUGCAAGCACGGACGGACAAGACAACCAUCUGAACAUACUCCACGGACAAUUUGAGGCCCAAGCCAUAGCAACCCCCUCGCGCCUCGCCUUGACCUUCUAUAGCUCCCUGGACUCACCUCCCACGUCUCUCUCCUACGCGGAGCUUGACAGCCUCGCUAAUGGCCUAGCACUCCUUCUUCGCGAGGAGGACGUCGAUGUAAUCCCCCUGUGCAUUGAGCGGAGUGUCGACCUCUAUGUCGCAGUGCUGGCUGUCCUGAAAGCUGGAUCCGCUUGGUGCCCCAUCGAUCUGACCUCCCCCGUGGCAAGACGGACAUCCCUCAUUGCCAGAACCAAGAGCAAGGUGUUGCUUACAAACACCGAGUCGUGGCACCUGGUCGAACCUUGUAUUGGCAGUGAGAGCCUAGAGGGCAUGCGCGUUAUCCUGGUUGAUCAACACUCGAAACCAGCAUCAGUCAAGCCAAAGCCACGGCAAAGCAUCAAGUCGGGUGCCCUAAGCGGAGGGGAUCUUGCCUAUCUCUUGUGGACGUCUGGCACGACGGGUGAGCCCAAGGGAGUCAUGAUUCAGCACUAUGCCGCGGCACAAGCUAUGCAAGACCUUCAGAUCCAGGUCGAGCAUGACCCCAAGACCGAACAAGUGCGCACGCUGCAGCUCUCGGCCUACUCCUUCGACGUCUUUGUCCAGGACCUCUUCUACACAUGGGGCCUGAGUGGAAGUGUCAUCAGCGGCACGCGGGAGCUCGUUCUGGGUUCCUUCGUCGAAUUCAUCUGGAAGGCCCGCCCCACGCACGCCCAUCUUACCCCCAGUUUCGGCGCCAGUAUUGCCGUCGAAGAGAUCCGUGGCAGCCCGCUACAGUAUGUGACUUUUAUUGGCGAGAAACUGACCGAGGACGUCGCCGAAGCCUGGGCUGCUCCAGGAAUCACUACACGCGCGUACAACACCUAUGGCCCGGCCGAGAAUGCCGUAGUGUCCACCAUGCGCCGCUUCUUCGGUAAGAGCAGGGACCAAGCCAAGGCCGCCAAUGUCGGUUUCCCUCUGACCCCAUGCACGGCAUACGUUGUCCACGAGGUGCCGGUACCUGGAUCUGAGAAUAGGCGUUGGGAGCUCGUUCCGCGGUACGGAGUCGGCGAGCUAGCCUUGGGUGGAUCGCAGGUGGCUAAAGGCUAUCUCAGCGACCCGGCCAAGACAUCCUCCCGUUUUAUCCAAGGAGGCCCCGGAAUUGACGAGCGCAUCUAUCUAACCGGCGAUAUGGUUCGACUGAAUGAUCAUGGGUUCGAGUUCCUCGGCCGGAACGAUGAUCUCGUCAAGAUUACUGGAAUCCGCAUCGAGCUGAGCGAGAUCAGCGCGGCUUGUGCGAGCAUCAAAGACGAGGAGGAUGCCAUCGAGCAUGUCGAGACACUUCAUCUGCCACGUCCAGACAGAGAAAACGCCGAUCAUAAGGUGGUCGUCACCUUUGUCUCUGUCAAGAAGGAGGGCGUUGACCAGAACGCCAUCCGGGCGCAAGUCUUCAAGAGGGCCAGGGACAUGCUUCCAUCGUACAUGGUGCCGGGGCACGUUGUUGUUCUGAGCACUACGAUGCCGAGGACCGCAUCGAACAAGGUCGAUCGAAAGGAGCUGCAGGCCAUUUACAAGAGCUCGGACUUGCAGGCCCUGGCGGGAGGAGGCGCAGCUGGAGAUGCUUCUGGCCAACCGGUAGAGAAGCAGCAAUGGACCGAUCAACAGCUUCAGGUCUUACAGCUCCUCGCGGACAAUUUCAAGGUAGCAAUCGAGCCUCUGUCUCCUGAAGACAGUCUGGCAGCACUGGGCUUCAGUUCCCUCCAGGUCACCAAGCUGGCCUGGACUCUGAGACGGCAGCUCUCUGUUCAAGUUGGCGUGCUUGAACUCAUGAGGUGCGAGCUCCUGGGCGAGCUGGUUGAUGUCGUCCUCAGCAAACAGCAACAGGGUGGCCAGAAGCAGGCAGCUCAAGGGAAGGGCUUGAACGGAGCCUCAACCGCGCAGGCAACAGAAAAGUCAUGGGUGGCUGCCACAAGAGACCUCCUGACCAAGAAUCUCCGUGGCGACAUGCUUCCACCAAGCAGCUUCCUUCUGCCAGCGACACCGAUGCAGGAGUCCCUCAUCUUUGAAACGAUGCGCGAACCGAAAGCCUACUGGGCCCACCGAGUGUUUGACUUGAGCCACUUGGACACGCUAGAUGGCGACCGUCUGAAGGCGGCGUGGACCGCAGCUGCAAGCACAUUUGACAUCCUCCGCACCAGCUUCGUUCCUCUCGCACAGCUGGACGCAGUGGUGGGAGACGGAGGACAGUCCACCAAUGGGGUCACAUGGGCUCGUCGACAGGGACUCCAAGCUACCAUCCUCCAAGUUGUUCGGAAGGAGGCAGCAUUGCGCUGGAGAUGGCUCUCAGGUGACGAGGACCAGAAUCUUGCAAGAUGGGCCCAGGAACCAGAGCUGACGGAGUUGUCGCCCAUGCAUUCGCCCUGGGCUGUCACAAUCGCGGAGAAAGACCGCAAGAUGAUGCUGAGUGUUCAUCACGCGCUCUAUGACUACGAUUCAUCCGAAACUGUUCUCGAUGCAGUCACCAAGUUCUAUCACCAGAAGACUUCUGUGCAUGACGACGUCAUCCAGUUCGAGAGAGGUAUGGAGCUUGGUCUACUGCCGACCACUGCGCAGAGAGACGAGGCUGCGUCCUUCUGGACAGAGCGUCUCGCUGGUCUCAGGGAGACGGCGGGAGCCCUGAACGCGCCCUUCCCCGACCUGACACAGUCUAGGCAGAAGCAGCAGCAGAGGAUCAUCGGAGUGAAGAAGGCCGUUCCUGGGUUCCUCUCCUCUGAUCUUCCGACAGCCCUUCCAACCCUGCUACAGUCCGCUUUUGGCUGUGUCCUCGCGUCCUACCUCGAGAUCAAGGCUGUUAUUUUCGGCCAGACUGUCUCUCAGAGGCUUCUUCAUCCGGAUCUCGCCCACGUAGUUGGACCAGCCAUAGCUACCCUCCCCCUGCUUGUCCGGGCCAACGCCCACUCAGCCGAGGAGCUGUGGGCCGAGAUGGCUCGCGACUCUUCUAACCUCUUCCGAGUCACGCACAACCUCCACCCUGUGGACAUCAAGAGGCUUCUCAACGAAGGGAGUGGAAGUGGUGAUGCGCCUUUUGCUGGUGUCUUUGUCUAUCAUCCGGCCUCCAGUGACGACGACGGCGCCGGUGUCGUUGCUGAGCAAGCACUAUUCCGAGAGGUAGAACAAGCGCUAUCACUUAACGUAGAACACCCUCUUGCCUUCAAUGUAUUCGAGGGAGAUGGCAUGAUGGAGCUCACCGGCGACGCACGGCGUAUCUCCCAAGCGCAGCUGGAGCUCAUGCUGGACCAGAUCAUUGACCAGGCCAGGGUCAUGAAGCAAUCCCCACAGCUUCCUCUGAGCCAAUUGCAAAACAAAUUGGACGGCCAACUGGUGUCUCUCAGCGGUGCGAUCGAGGAGAUUACAACAGACACAGACUUUGACCCAACCGAGAGCAUCGCACAGCAUGCAUCCCAGCAUCCAGACUGGAUAGCAGCCGAGGAGGUUCACACCAGUGAUGAUCCGGAUGAUGACGAGGAUGCAUUGUCGACCAAGACCAUAACAUACGCCCAGCUUGACAGACUCACCAAUACCAUUGCCGCCCAGCUGGCAUCGCACGAGGUUGGUCUCCAGCAGGACGACGUCGUCGCUCUGUAUCUCGGUAGAGACAUUAAGUCGCUCGCGGCAACUCUGGCCAUCUUCCGUGCUGGCUAUAUCUACCUUCCCGUAGACGAAGACCUUCCCCUGGCACGGAAGCAGCUACUGAUCCGGGAUGCUGCUGCGAAGCUUGUCAUCACUACUGAAGAGCUCGCAAAGGACCUUGACAUGGACCACGAUGAUCCCCCAGCCUUGCUGCUACCUGAAAGCGACAGUGACGUGGAUUUUAUGCUUCAGCAGGAGCAGCACUGGUCACGCACUCGGUCUGCAAACGGCCGUGGCCACGGAGGUUACCUACUCUACACAUCUGGUUCUACUGGUCGGCCCAAGGGCGUCCGCGUAUCCAACCGCAACCUGUGUCAUUUCAUCUUCUCGUUCUCCCUGCGCUUGACCGAGACUUCUACAUCAACAGUCAAGCCAGAAGAGCUCGGUGGCAGCGGAAGGUAUCUGAACCUCACGUCCAGAGCCUUUGACCCGCACCUCACACAGCUCUUCGUGCCUUGGCACCUGGGGUACCGUGUCGUCAUUGGAAACCGGACCGCGCUGCUUGGAAACCUUCAGCAUGCCAUCAACAACCUAGGCAUCACGCAUUUCGGCAGCGUGCCCUCUGUGUUGAUGCAGCUGCGGCUCAGGCCCGAGGAUGUACCAUCCGUGAGGGUGGUGACGACGGGCGGGGAGAAGGCAUCGAAUGAGCUUUUGGACACGUGGACAAGUCAAGAGUCUGUUCAACAUGGAGACGGUUCAACAGCCAAACUCAUCAACUUCUACGGCCCAACUGAGGUCACGAUUGGCUGUCUAGGCCAUGUCGUAAACCGCAACUCCAACGCCCGCAAUCUUGGUCUGCCACUCAAGGGCCUCCAAGCACUGUUGUUGGCUCCCAGCAGUGAGAAUGGCGAACAAGUCAUCGCUAGAAGAGGCCAGCCGGGAGAGCUUUGCAUCGCCGGCCCUCAGGUCGCCCUGGGCUACCUGGAGAGGCCCGACGAAAAUGCCAAGAGCUUCCAGACGACCUCACUGCUGGGCGAUUCCGAGGAAAGAAUUUACAGGACCGGCGACGUAAUGAGAAUGAUGCAUGACGGCACCCUCGAGUUCCUGGGCAGGGCCGACCAGCAAGCAAAGAUCCGGGGACAGCGGCUUGAGCUAGACGAGGUAGUGUCUUUCUUGAAGGAGCAGGCUGCUGACGAGGGUGAGCUAGACUUCGCUGCUGCCGUCGUCGCUGGCGAGGGAAACCAGCAACAGCUCUUCGGCUUUGUGGCCCGCAAGGCACGCCUGAGGAGCGAGAUGGACGCUGAGGUCGAGCUGCUUCAAAACCAGGGCCAGGCGUUGACGUCUUUGUUGGAGAGGCUGGGGCGGAAGUGCGAAGCUAAAUUGCCGGCAUUCAUGGUUCCCAAGCUUCUAUGGGUAUCGAGGAUCCCAUACCUGGCCGCCUCGGGCAAGGUCGAUACCAAGCUCUUGGCCAAGCUGGCAAAUGACUUCUUUGCCUCUCAAGAUGCUCAUGAUGAGGAUUCUGACGACUCUGGAGUCGAUGUUGCUCCAAGCACUUUGAGCGCCGGAGAGGCGCUCGUCGUCGCGGCUGUGGAGGAGGUUGUAGGCCAUAAGAUCAACGGCAAGGCCACCAGCAGCAUCAGGCUGGGCAUUGACAGUCUCUCUGCCGUCCAUUUGGUUGCUCUUCUGAGGAAGCGUGGAUUUUCCAAGGUGAACGUUUCUGACAUCCUGUCAUCCUCAGCUACCGUGGCAUCCAUAGCCCAACUGGGUGACAAAAACCGCCAUCAAAUCAGUGGCGCCGGUGGCAUACAGACGGAGUCCACCUCAGCAACCAACAAGCUGAAAGAAGUCGAGGCACUGAACCUCAGCACGGCCCUGGCGGGGCAGAUCCCAGCGGGUCUGGUUCAUGAUAAUGUCGAAGCAGUGCUGCCGUGCCUUCCGCUGCAGGCGGCUUUGGUCGCCCGGUCCAUGGUUUGGAUGAGCGCCCACGACGAUGACUCUGUUACAAAGUCAGAGACAACAGUAGUCCCUUACGUGGCACAGUUUAAUUACCGACUAUCCUCCGGCACGGACUUAGCCAGAUGGCAGAAGGCAGCAGAGAAGGUUGUCGCGUCCGAGGCCAUGCUGAGAGCUUGUUUUGUACAACGCGAGGACGACGGCAAGGUCUUCCAGGUCGUACUUCGUUCACCGUCUUCCACACCAUUUGACACUCAAGGAGAAGUGGCCGCUGAUAUAGUGGCCAAGAUGAGCACGCGACCACCCAUCAGAAUACAGCUGCGAGAGGAGGGUAAUGAGGCUACUGUCUCGUUGAGGGUACACCAUGCCUUGUUCGACGGUAUCGCCAUCGCCGUGCUCCUUAAGAGGCUUGAGCAGGUCUAUGACGGAGUGGCGGAGCAAGACAAUGUUGCUUCCGCUCACCAGAGUCUCAAUGUGCUUACCAGAGUCUCUGCUCACUGUAAUCUCUCAGCUGUGGAGCUGGAUUCCACGAAGACCAUGUGGCAGAACAAAUUACGUGGCGUUCGGCCGUGCCAUCUUGGAUCCAUUGACGACAGCAAAGAGACCGUUCGUUAUAUUCGAUAUCUCCCGUGGACCUUGCCCCAGAUCAGAGACAAGCUGAACUCUCAGGGCGCCGUUGUGUCGGCUUCUUCUGCGUUCCAGGUGGCGACAGCCCUCUGUUUGUCUCAACUCACCAAGCAGACAACCUCCGUUGUGUACGGGUUUGUCAUGUCUCUCCGCCCCUUGCUCGACCACGUCGUGGACAAUGGAUUGGACGAGUUCCUCGGACCAUGUCUCAACACCUUGGUCCAGGCCUUCAGUCUCAGAAAGGAUGAGAUUUUCCUUGAAUUCGCUCAGAGAGUCCACCAACUUCACAUUGACGCCUGCCAGGGAACGAUGCCACUUGUGAGCGUGGAGCAGGUGCAGCGCUGGGCCGGAUCAGAAGACAAGCUGUUUGACAGCCUGCUCAGCAUCAACGUUCUUCCCGCGAUAGAUGAAUCUGAAAGUCGACCUGGACGCAUGAGUGCUCUGCAGACCCGGAGCAGGAGUGACAUGGCCUUGGCCUUUGAUGUCGACCUGCACCAUGACGGCAAGAUCCUCUUGACGCUUUCGUCGGCCGGGGUCUUGACUGAAUCGGACUUGGACGAGGUCGGACAGCUGUUUGAGAAGGCCGUAGGCACUUUCGUCUCCGCAGACAAGGAGCUCAGAGUAGGAGAUUUGUUGUCGGUCGAUGUUGAUGCGACUGCAGCUGCACAUGAUGGGAUCAAUGACGGUGAUGUCGGGUCCCGGAUCGACUCUAGUCACGGCGGCUCGGAUGCGGAGUUCGAAGCAGCCUUGGCGAGCGUCCACACCAAGCUCUGCCGCCUCCUCCGCUUAAAUCCGUCCGACCUCAACAAGGAUAAGACGACUUCUCUGUAUCAGGUCGGCCUGGAUUCUAUCACUGUACUCCCAUUUGUCAGGCUCCUCAAUAAGUCCGAAAAGGUCAAGCUGACGCCCGACGCCGUGCUCAAGGCGCGAACCAUUCAUGGCACCGCUAGGCUUCUGCAGCAGGCGAAGGCCAACGCCAGUACCACCACCAGAAGACAAGAGCAAGACGUGACAAACGAGAACGACAGUGAUGAAACCAAGUAUGACAAGACACUGGCACGACUUGCUAGGGACCUUCUCUUUGUGGCGACACCGCUUCAGGAAGGGAUGCUCAGCGCCUCACUGGCCACGUCAGGCAAAGCUUACACCUACGAUCACACCGUCCAGCUAUCAGAGGAGGCCUUGCAGGCAGACACCCCUACUCUCGAUCACUUCUUCGCCGCCGUCAAGGACACGGUUCAAGCAUGCGAGAUCCUGAGAACCAGGUUCAUCUUCACCGGGGAUGACGAGGCACCAUGGGUUGGCAUUGUCUCCCCAACCGAGCAAAGCGACCUGGCCAACUGGACCGCAUUGGGCAAAGGCAAGAUACAGCUGAGAAUAAGUCACGCCCUUUAUGAUGCAACUUCGAUCCAGACCGUCUGGCGAAUCUUGGGUGAGAACUACUACAGGCGCCUGAACGGCCAACAGAUUACGGGCUCUGAAACCGAGGCCCGACGACAUGAGUUCCGACCGUUCGCAAAGGCGGUUGCCACGAUGCAGAGGACCUCCGUAGAAUUCUGGGCUGAUUUAUUGCGGGAUUACAAGUACAUUCCACGCGAAUUUUCCGAGGGCUUGUCGGCAUCAUCCGCUUUCCACUUCAACAUCUCAGAAGAGGAGCUCUCCCUGCUCCAGUCAAGAUGCAAGGCUGUCGGCGUGACGACCAAGACUGUGCUUAUGCUGGCCUGGGCCAAAGUUCUCUCCGAGUUCCUGUAUGGGCAGCCUGAUGUCGUCUAUGGACAAGUUGUCACCAGCGGGCAUGAGGUCGAGACUGUCGUCGGUCCCACCAUCAACACCGUGCCCGUGCGGGUCACACUGAACAGGGAAGCCAGCGUGGCUGAGGGUCUCGCCCACGUGCAGAGGCUGAGCGACGAAGCCUUGGGAGCAAAUUCGAUGGCGUCUUUGAGGAAGGUGCAGACGUUGUGGCGAUCAUCAGCAGAAGCUCGUGGCGAGGAUCUUCCCUCGAGCCUGUUCCAAAGCCUGUUCGUGUUCGAUGGCGUUGUGGGUCACAACCCAGGACAUGAAGAAGUUGGUGACUCAAAGUCACUAUUCAGGCCAGUUCAUGAACAGGACGACAAGGGUGAUGAGCGGGCGACAUAUGACGACUAUCAUCUGAUUACCAGCUUCCAGAUCCAGAAUAACACGCUCCGCGGCAAGCUCAGAGCAAGAAUGGCCAAGGAGGAAGUGGAAACUCUGGGCAGUCACCUGGAGACUGCAGUGAGAUCAUUGAUAUCAGAUGACUUGCAAAAGUCCGCGCUCGAUCUUGGUCGAAUGGAGAUCACAAAGAAGACUAUCACCAUCACGGACACAAAGGGAACAGUCAGCAAGCCGGAGGCACACGCCCCGACAGCCAAGGCCAAUUCUGUCUUGGAAAUAGUCAAGAGCGUUCUCGGAAAAAGAUGCAAGGGAAAGGAUAUUGACUACAACACGAAGCUCAUCAAUGUGGGUCUGGAUUCGAUCCUGGCCAUCCGUCUAUCAAGCUUGUUAAGGAAGCGGUUGCGCAUGACGGUAAGCGUUUUCCAGAUCAUGAAGGGGGCGCGCGUCCACGACAUCGUCAUUGCGAACCCGGCCAAAGCCCCGGAGGCCGAGAGACAACACGAGGUCGAAAACAAGAUCGUCCAGUCAGCAGCGAGACCACGGGCAUUUAAUUUGCGCCAGCAAGCGAAGCUGCUGUCCAUGGCGGCCGAGAGGCUCGGGCUGAGCGAGAAUCUUGUGCAGUCCGUCCUUCCGGUUCUAGCAGGCCAGCGUGCGCACCUGGAACAAUGGCUGUACAAUGGUAGGAGGUUCUUCGAGGCUCCAUGGGUCUACCGAGUCGUCGAUACCCUCGACAAGCAGACAGUAGAGAGUUGCUGGGCACAGCUUUGCCGAAUCCAUGAUGUCCUCAGGACGACCUUUUUACAGACAGAGGUUGCAGAUGCAGGGCUUGUCCAAGUCACCAUGAGCGGGCAGUGGUCACCGCCUGGAGGCUUCACGGCGCGUCAGGACUCGACAACACUAAUCCAAACCCUAAUCGAAGACUAUGUCCGCGAGGGCAACAACAAGCCAUCAGAUCUGAAGCAGCCCCCUGCAUAUCUCACACUGCUGGAAGGCGCGGACGGCAAGGCUGUUGUACUCAGGCUCCACCAUGCGCUAUACGACGCAUGGAGCAUCAAGAUGAUCAUCAAGGACCUGGACGAGCUGUUGGCCGGUGGUGACGUACAGGGUGGCACGCCACUUAGCAACGUAGUUACCCAGAUCAUGGCGACAAGAGAGCCUGGCGCCGAGGACUCGUACUGGAGUACUCACUUGGCGAACGCCCAGGACACUCUACUGGGCGCUCAGACUGACUCUACCGAGGCGCAAGAAGUUAAGUCUCCGCUUGGUCCUCACCUCCAGGUGAAAUACGCAGAUGUCAUCCCACAAGCCACUGUCGACAAGCACUUGCAGAUCAAUGGCAAGACGGGAAUGUCAUCGGCUAUCAUUCUUGCUUAUGCCAGGACGUUGCGGAAUUUCACACAACGCUCCCGUCCCACCUUUGGCCUGAACCACGCAGCGCGUUCACUGUCUUCAGUUGACGAGGCCCAGACCCUGGACUUGACUGACGCGAGUGUCCCCACGAUGACUACGACGCCCUUCUCCUUGAACCUUGAUGCCCCAUCAAGCGGCAAGGACCUAAUUGAUCUCGUGCAGGGGCACCUGGCGCAACUGACCAAGUUCGCGCAGUCGGACGACACACAAAAGUUCUGCCCCAGGUUCAAUACCCACAUCAACAUCCUCUAUCCCGGCAACGAUGCCGACGCUGACGAGGAAAAGGUCGGCGAUAGUGGGCUAAAGGCCCUCCAAAGAUACAGGCUCGACGAGCGCCUCGCCUCGGAGUACUUCACUAUCACCCAGCCAUCUGGCUCUUCAACAUCGACGAUUGAGGGACUCAACACAGAUCACCUCAGCCCUCACAGGUUCUUCUUCAAUGUCAUUGUCCGUGAUGGAAUCAGUGUGGCAGCGAGUGGCGACGAGGCUUUGUUUGGUGGCGACCGGGCGGUCGUUACGAGGAUGAUUGAUGAUUUCGCGACUGAGCUGGCGAAGAUUCUCGAGCACGCUUAG